AUGGAAUCUGGACUGGAGCUUCCUAAAAUUUCAGUUGAAGAAGACCAUGACGAUGUCAUGAGUGAAGAGGAUAUCACAGUAGUAGAGUCGAUGACAAUUCAAGAGCAUGCUUCAAAGAAAAGGAAAUUUACAUCAAAAGUAUGGAAUGAUUUUGAUUGGUCACGAGACAAAGAUGGUAAAGAAAAGGCUACGUGCAAGCAUUGUGGGCAGGAAUAUGCUUAUGACAGUCAGAAAGGAGGAACAUCAACUAUGUCAAGGCAUUUAAAGAAGUGCCCUAGACUGAAGAUGCAAGAUGUGGGGCAACUUUUGUUAUGUACAAAUAAUGGAGAACUGGAUACUGAAUGGACUGAAUUUACGGAGUUAUGUAGUUAUCUGAAUGUCGAUGUUGAAACCAUAUCAAGGAAUACUACAAGGUCUGAUAUUCUUAAAAUGCAUAAGUUCCAAAAAGAAAUUAUUCGCAAGAAAUUACAAUGUGCUCCAGGUAAAAUAUGUUUAACAUUAGACAUGUGGACCUCCGUCAACACCACUGGAUACAUAAGUUUAACAGUACACUUUGUUGAUCAAGAUUGGGUAUUGCAGAAGUUUCUUUUAAAUUUUUCUCCACUGCCACCACCCCAUACUGGUCAAGCACUUUCAUAUAAGUUAUUUCUGAUGUUAAAUGAUUGGGUAAUUGAAGGAAAAGUAACCAGCAUCACUUUGGAUAACGCUGCAUCAAAUACUUCAUGUGUUAAGAUAAUGAAGAGUCGAUUCAUUGCAAGGAAUGUUAUGUCGGAUACUGGGAAAAGAAACUUUCAUAUAAGGUGUUGUGCUCACAUAAUAAAUCUUAUUGUAAGAGAUGGACUGACAGAGAUUGAUCCAGCAGUAAUCAAGAUAAGGUUAGCAGUGAAGUACCUUAAAGGUUCACAAAGAAGAAAACAAAAUUUCUUGGAUACUGUCAGCGAUUUAGGAAUGUCAGUAAAGAUGGGUGUUCGACAAGAUGUUAAGACAAGAUGGAAUUCUACUUAUCUUAUGUUGCAAAGUUGUAUUUCGUAUGAAAAAGUCUUCACUCAUUUGAGGUUGGUGGACCCUGACUAUGCAAAGUCUCCUAAUGGGGAAGAAUGGGAGCAAAUCAAAGUGGUCACGAAGUUUCUCAAGGUUUUUUAUGACCUCACGACUCUAUUCUCUGGAAACAAGUAUCCUACUUCUAAUUUUUAUUUUGAUGGGGUUUGUCAGAUUAAAGUAUUAUUAGAUCAAGAGAUAACUAAUGACAUUGAGUUCAUCAGAAACAUGGCGAAGAAAAUGCAAGAAAAAUGUUCCAAGUAUUGGAAAAAAAUGAGUCCAAUAUUGGCAAUGGCAGUCGUUUUAGACCCUCUAUUGAAGUUUGAAUUUGUAGAGUUUACUUUAGAAAAGGUGUAUCCUGUUGAGCGUGAAAUGAAGAAGGAAGUUGAUAUUAUUAGAAAAAGGAUGGCUUCACUCUAUAAAGAGUAUCAUACGGCGUCAACUUAA